CAAGUGUAAUUAUAUAUAUGACAUUCUAUAACCUAUAUGAUUGAACAGCUUGCCAUACCUGAUUAGUUUGUGCUACAAUAUUUUAUUAAUACUUGCAUUAACAAAUUAUUCACUUUUAUUAAUUUAUAGCACCAACAUAUAAGAAAUAUUGAGCUGCAAAAAUGAUGAAAAAUGGUACAUUGAAACUAAGUACUAUAAAUGGUACUUCAAUUACUGCUUUUAGAUAUUUAUCAGCACAAACUUCAGGUACAGUACCUAGUAGAGUUACAUCUAUGGGCAAAGAAACUCAAGUAUCUGUUGAAGAUGAUGUAGUCAUGAAAGAUAUUGGAAAUAAAGGCAUAAUAGUAUUAAAUCGACCUAAAGCCUUGAAUGCUUUGAAUGUAUCAAUGGUUGAAAAAAUAUAUCCUGUACUUAAAAAAUGGGAAUCAUCUAAAAAAUUAGUAAUAAUAGAAGGAUCUGGUGAAAAAGCAUUUUGUGCAGGUGGUGAUUUAAAAAGCAUUUUCCUUGGUUUAAAAGAAAACAAUGCUACUUUAGGUGAAACAUUUUUUAAAAAAGAAUAUACCUUAAACUACCUGAUUGGUACAUAUAAGAUACCAUAUAUAGCUGCAAUAAAUGGAAUAACUAUGGGAGGUGGAGUUGGAUUAUCUGUUCAUGGGAAAUAUCGAAUUGCAACAGAGAAAACAUUAUUUGCAAUGCCUGAAACAGCAAUAGGGCUAUUCCCUGAUGUUGGGGGGACAUAUUUUUUACCUAGAUUGAAAGGCAAAUUGGGUCUUUAUCUUGGAUUAACUGGAGAUCGAUUAAAGGGAGUUGAUGUGUUAUUUGCUGGUAUUGCAACACACUUUGUUCCUUCUGAGAAGUUACCAGAUUUAAAACAAGAUUUAUUGGCCACUGAACAGUCUGAUGUUAAUGAUAUCUUGACUAAAUAUCAACCAACAAAAUUAGAUCAAGAAUUUAGCUUAACACCAUAUAUGAAUCAAAUUGAUAAGUGUUUCUCUGCUCCUUCCAUAGAAGAAAUAAUAGAAAGAUUAAAACAGGAUAAUUCAGAAUGGGCAGUAAAAACAUUACAGAUGUUGUUGAAAGCAUCUCCCACUUCCCUAAAAGUUACUUUGAAUGCAAUUCGAAAAGGAGCCACCUUAAGUUUAGCAGAUUGUUUAAAGAUGGAAUUUAGAUUAGCUUGUGCUGCUUUAAGUAAAGAUAGCGAUUUAUCUGAAGGUAUUAGAGCUAUUUUGAUUGAUAGAGAUCAAAAACCAAAUUGGAACCCAAAAACUUUAGAUGCAGUAACAGAUACUUAUAUAAACCAAAAAUUUGCCGAACUUUCUCAGGAACGAGAAUUAUUAUUUUAAAAUUGUCCUAAAGAAAAUUGUACAACAAACAAAAGUUCUAUCCAAAGUUCUAUUGGAUAUAAAACCAUAUUUUAUUAACGUAAAAUAGCGAAAAAAAUACUUGCUGUAUUAAUAUAUAAAAGAUAUAAUUUCUAAAAUUUUUAUUCUUCGUUAAUUUUCUAAAAAGAAGUUUACAUAAACAGAUCUAUAUACCCUAUGUAAUAAUUUUUACAUAUGUAGACAAUUUUAGUUUUAUGUUAAUUUACAAGACAUUUUUGAUACCUUAAAACCUUGUUACCAAAAUGUGACCUAAAAUAUAACAACCAUUUUAUACAAUGAAAUACAUCAUUCAUUUUCAGUAG